AUGAUGGACCCCCAGCUGUGUGUUGGCCAGGGGAAGCCCAGCCUGUCUUUUUCCAUUGAGGAAAUCUUAAAGAAACCUUCUGCCAGCACCUCUCUAAGCAGUGAAACCAGGUACAGAAGUAACUAUGCCGAGAGACCUCCAGCCCUAAAAGCAGGGUCACCACUGGCCUUUGAUUCCAGCAGCUGGAGUCAGUUAGCCUGUGACUUACCUUCAGCUAAAGUGCUUCUCCCUGCCACAUGUGCUACACCCAUGUCCAGGGCAAAGAGAGUGCAGGCAGCUCACUGCAGGAGACCUACUGACAGCCCAGCCUCCCUCCUGGGCGAGGACACAGGACAGGAACACCUGCAAGGCAAAAGAAAACAUGAGGAAGAGGAAGAUCAGCUAUGUGAUUUCCCAGCAGAGCAUCCACUUCACGUUGAGAGGAAAGGGAAACGGAGAAUCCGGACGACGUUCACAGCUGAGCAGCUCCAGGAACUGGAGAAGAUUUUCCAAGUGACUCACUACCCAGAUGUCCAUAUUCGCAAUCAACUGGCAGCAAAGAUAAACCUCCCAGAAGCCAGAGUUCAGAUCUGGUUCCAGAACCAGAGAGCAAAGUGGAGGAAACAUGAAAAAUUUGGCAGCUUUGGUGGCCUUCAGAAUCUGACAGAAGUUGAUUUCAUUCCUGCUCCCAAGUCAGAUAUCACAGCUCCUAGCUUGAUGCCAAGAAAGCUCACCGCUAUCAUCCCUGCCGCAGGAUACUACUCACCGCUGCAAGGGCAGCUGACACCUGCCUGGCUGCCCAGCACACUCUCCUUCAUCCCCCACCACUUGGAGCUGCUACCCUUCCCAAAACCAUAUUUGCUCUUCAAUGUCCUUCCCUCUUACGGCACGCCGCUACCCCACAAGUUUGAAAGGAGCACUAUCUGUGCCAGCUCCACAUAG